AUGCUAGUGCGGAGGAGGUGGCCCGGGUCGGCGUCGGCGCCGUCCGGCGCGGGCCAUGGGCCCGCUUCCAAGUGCGUCUGCGCGCCGGCCACCCACGCUGGGUCCUUGAAGUGUCUCUUCCACCGCACCAACUCCCAGGGCCACGGCCACGGCCAGGGCCAGGGAAGCCGCCCUUCUUCGCCCCCUUCACCAGCCGCGGCCAAUGCGGUGCCGCGGCACCCGGCGUCGCCGUCCUCGUCCUCCGGCACCGUCGUGACCGAGUGA